UCGAGUUCAAAUGCAGCUCCGCAGUACCAGCAGCUGCAACUCCCAAUAGGUGCCGACUCCAAGAUGAAGACUUCGCCGAUACCGGCGGGCUCCUUUCCAAAGUCCAGUGGUGCGGCGCCUCCGAGCAAGCAGCCGGAACCGCAAGCCCCGGGCUCUGCCUGGUUCUUCCAACCGCAGACGCAAAAUCAACGCCACAGGGAUGAAUCUGCGAAAAACGCACACAACGCGUCGGGAAAAAACAAGAACCAACAUCAACAGCAGCAGAUAGGCAGCAAAAAGGGCCAGCAGCAAGAUGAGAAACAGGAUCAUGGUGCAAGCAAAACGACGAGUCCCGAGGAUGUUGCGUCUCAUAAAGUGAACACAACCUCACCAAACGCGCAGGAGCCACACAACGCGCCAAAAAAGAAUGAAGGGGCCAACACUUCGCGAAAUAAUCCAAACAGCAGCGCAUCCAACCUUAACGGCAGAAAGGGAACGGACGACAAUAAAGGUAACAGAAAUGAUAAGAAGCAUGGGCGGUCGCGGCAGCGCAGUAAGGGAUCCUCGGUGGGCCAGCGAAGUUGCACCUCAAAUGAGUCUAGUUCGGACGAGUCUGAGUCGUCUAAAGAUUAUUAUGGACAUUCUUCCAAUGCAAACGGCCGCAGGAGGGAGCGGCGACGAAGUCGCAGGUCGCGUAGUCGCGGCUCCCGAAGUCCGGGCAGGGCAAGGAGUAACGACUCGCGAAACCGAAGCAGACCACGUGGCGACAGCCGGCGCGGAGGCCGGGGGCGUCGGGACAGGAGUCGCGGAAGAGGGGAUCGAGACGGCCGAAGAAACCGAUCGGGCGGUCGGCGUGGGCGGGAUCGAAGCGGUGGACGAGGCGAGCGCCGCGGAGGGUCCCUUCGACGAGACCGCGGUCGCAACAACGACUCUCGACGACGAGGUAAUAAUGAGCGAAACCGAGGAAACAAGCGGGACCGCGGCCAUAGCCAGGAGCGCCGCGGAGAUCGCGGCGCGCAACGCGGUGGAGGUGCUACUGGUGCUGCGAACAGGAACAAAAAUAAUAACAACCGGGAGGACAACGGCAAGAACAAGAAAACGACGUCUCCCGAAACUAAGAGAGAGCUAGUGCGAGCGAAUGGCGCCGAAGAUGUUGUCCCCGAUGGUGCCCAGAAGAACAAGGACAAAGUUGGUGGCAAUGCGCGAACAACGAGGCCGAAUGGGAAUGGAGUUCGCGGCGACCAGCAGGACGGAGAGGGGCGCAGUACAGAACAGCAACAGCGUGUAGAGAGUGCUGACAAGAAAAGUCGUGAUGCCAAAGACCGCGGCAAGCGAGACAGGAAGAACGACCAGGAGUCAUCCGACUCGUCCUCGUCCUCAUCAUCGCGUCGAGGUGCUGCUGGUCGGAGGAGUCGAGCCAGUAAAAACGAAAAGGAACAACAGACCACGAGGUCGUCAAAACUGGACGGCUCGGUGGAUGAAGAAGAGAAGAUCGUUGAUGCAUCCAAGCUUCCUCGGCCGCGGCGGGCCGAAGAAAGACAGGGGAACAAAAACAAUAUCGUCCGAACCCGGGAAGAGCGUGGUAGCAGCAGUGAAUUCGUCAUUCCACCGAUAAAGAACUUACGCGAUAGGCCGCAACAAGCACAGAUGGAUCGGGGCAAAGGCGGACGAGAGCGCCGUUCCAAGCCAGCAGGGGAUGAGCAGCCUGCUUCCAGUAGCAGUUGUAGCGGAGACGAAAACUACUGCCCGAACAAAGAUAAAGCUGACAAAGAACGCGACGAUCAAAAGCGCGGAACAACACGCGGAGGAGAGCACGCGUCAACCGAGGAAUUACAGUUGAAGGACCGGCGCAUCAAACACGAUGAACAAGAAACGAAACCUGACGCGGCUCCCGGUCCCGGUGCCGAGUCCGCUGGCACUUCUACAAAAGUGUUUCCUUCGAUCCCGGACCUCCUGGGAAAGUUAAAGAGCGUGAGCGACAGCUAUGACAAGCGCGCGACGGAGUUGCUUCACACGAAACCGGAGGCGGUGGACUGCGAGGAGCAGGAUCAACGAGAAGUGCAGACCCCAGGCGCACCAGCGAACGACAAGGACAGAUUCAUCGAGCGCGCCAUGAUGCUGGCAUCACCCCGGGGCACAGUCGGUCGGCCAAUGAAGCAACGGACCACAACAGGCUUUGGGCCGCCCGUUCACGCUCCACAGACGGCAUCAACCCCGUCCUCGCAUGGUCUCGUUGCGGUGGUGCAGCAGCCUUUUCAGCAACAGCUUGUCCCAGGAACGCCAAGCUCGGGACUCAACCCCGCUGCGAGCCCCCCACAACAUUUCGCGGGUCGUCCUAGCGGAGGUGUUGGAGCUACAGGUGUUUUACCGCCACCUCCGCAAGUAACGGCCGCGAUGAGGGUUAUGCAGACCGCCGCUGCUCAAAAGUUGCAGGAAGCCGUUAAUAUGAUGGGCAAGGGUGCUGGCAACUUCAUCAACACCAUGAACAACCCGGUCUUGACCACGAGUGGCAUGAACCCGCCGAGCAUGGCAACCGCACAUACGCCCAUGAUGAAGGGUAACCCCGGUGUUCUGUAUGCACAAAAGAUGCCACCCAUCUAUCCGCAUCUGCUGCAGCCGUCCCCUGCCGGACCGCCGCAUCAACUAAUGAAGGGCGCAUCUUCAUCACUGCUGGGCGACGCGGCAAAACCGAAAAAGGGGUCUCUCGGUCCGCAGAAUCUAGAACAAUCGCAGGCAUGUUGGUCACCGGAAAGCACCACGUGCGGAGGCACACACGCUGCGGGUAGUACCGCGCCACACCAUCAGCUUCAACACAGCGGGAAAGCGCACGGUUCCAGCAGCUCGUCGUCGCAGCAACAUGAUCAAACUAGACGAGGAAGUCCUGGCGCGCCUUCGCCUUCCUCGCCUGGCGAAGCGAACAAGAAGAAGCGCAAUGAGACCACGGUUCCUAAAGAGGACAAAGAGUACGCGAGCUCGGGAGGAAUGACAAAGUAUUUGGCAGGCCAGGAAGGCGGCGGGAAAGAGAUUAAGUCGGUUCUGGCAGACACGAUGGAGCUGCUCAACAAAAACAAAAAGCCGGAAGUGAGUAGUACAAGGAUGAAACGUCAGCGUGAGUUCAUGGGCACGCUGCCCCUGGACCAGAAUCGCGGUUCCGCCGCAAACGCGUCAGAAGACGAGGCCGAACCAGCGAAGAAGAAAGGUCGAAAACGUGCCACAGGAGACGGCAAAGCGACAGCACUGAAGAUCGGUCACGAGCAGGACCAGACCGGACUAGAUGACGCAGCCGAAAAGGACCAAAAGACGGAAGGAACUACAAAGAUCGCCGCCGGUGCGGGAGCAGGUGCUGCAAGUGGAAAUAAAGUUCAGACAAGCUCGGCCUCGCUUGGUCCAGGACUGAUCAGUCAAACUGCACAUCAACGCGAAAGCGCCCUUGCAAACUGGAAACAAAGCUGCUACCGUGUUGUAUCACCUCCGACAAGCAUUUCAAACCCCCAGGAGGAUGGACCACAGCCGCAGCCAACCUGGCGAACAGGGAUCACCCUGCGUCUUGCAGACUGGGAGGCUCUGAGGUGCGAUUUGUUGCGCGAUUUCCUGCAGACCGAGGGGAAGGCGUUUGCGAAGGACCAAGACGGUUACUUAUCAAAGUGAACAAGACCUCCUUCCCCGCACCUCAUCUUCAGUGGAAGAACGGUGUUGUAGCAUCAUUUUUCGACUUCGUCCACUAAUGAGUGCUGCUCAACAUCACUCUAGUAAAGUUGUUUUAUGUUUUCGUUUGCAGCAAGUCCAAGUUUGAAGUUGCGUGACGAAUUUCGCAGCUCUUGCAUCUGGAUGUCAUGACAAAUGCAAGUGCAUGCGCUACAGCUGCCGCCCCUUUUUAAGAUUCAAUCAUGCAUGAGAUGAUGUCUUGUAGGAUCGAUUAUGCUUGAGCGGGGGAUGAUCGUUUCACUUUGAUACCGCAGCAUCGACAUGUUGGACCUAUCCUACAACGUGCACCUGUCGGAUACAAAGUUGGCGGAAGUCCUCGAGUGCCUUGUUUCGUCGAAGACUUGGGCCCGUACCAUCUCACUCAAGGGCUGUAAUGAUAAGGCAAAAUCUGGCCACGGAAUCUAUUCUUUGCGGAUCGGGCUCGAGUACUACUUCGCGAAAUGCGAAAUUUUUCCUAUGCACGUCGACAUCGCCGGCACCGCGCUAGGGGGCGCGAAGUGCUGGGCGUCGUCCGCCAAAGGAAGCAGGAGUGCAGGAGAUGAAAGCAAUCGAGAAGAAGCUGCGCCGCUACAUCCGCAGGACCGGGAUCCAGAUCGCGAGACGGAUUUGCAGGUGUUGCAGUCGCAGGACCCUGCGCACUUGGCUUACUGGAAGGUGAAAGGAAUCGAUGAGAGGUCGCAAAAGAUUUUCCGGGUCGACAAAGGCCAAGAAACGAGGAGCAAGGUUCAGAACAUGGUCCGAAUCUUUCGCGAAGCGCAGUACCUGGGUGAGGAGGUAUUGAAGCCGCGACAGAUGAAAAAGCCCGGCGAAGGAGCGGAGCAGAUUAUUGCAAAAGUUUCGGAUUUCAUGAACUACAACACAGAUGUGGCAACACCCUUUGGCAGGCAGUUUCAAACGUUUCAACGUAUAAGAAAGAACAAGAAGGACCUGAACAAAAUAAACUUGGAGGAUCUGCUCAUCGGUAGUGCCGCGCAGAAGUACUUUGUGGCAUGGUUAGAGGAGAAAGCAGCACAAAGAGCCGACGCGUACAAGGAAAAAAAGGCACAAAAACGCAAUGAAGAGCUGAUGUUGCGCCAACAAGCAAAACCCCAGCAAAAUGUUGCGACCAGCAGUCGGAGUGGCGACGGCGCUGUACUGCAGGAGCCGCAACAAAUAAUAGCGCCAGCCUCUGCUUCCGGGGCGCCUGAUGCGCCAGCUGCACACGAGGACCCGGAAACCUGCGCUCAUAACGCCGGGCCUGAAACUACUCUACCUGUGCCAGAUGCUACGUCAACAUCCGCCACCUCUUGUGUCGCAAACGCACCGGAAGGGGGCCCACUUCCGGGUUCUUCUCCUGCAGGAUCAUCUUCAACAACGUCGGGGCCACCUAAUGGAAGUGAUUCUGCUGCGGCGAUGCCAGCCGACCCGCUCGCAAAGACUACAACUGUAAUGCCUGCACCUUCCCAAGACGUGGCGGACCGUGCCGCUGCGACAGAACUGCCACCUGUAGAAAAUAACCAAAACGACCACGACGACCUGACCACGAAUUCAGCGCCGCCAGCAGGUGGAAGUAGGGUAGACGCAGAGAUAGUAGGAGAGGAUCAGAAGAUAAGGCGGAGCGUCGAACAGCAAGCUUCGCUUGCCGCUCUCCCGAACACCACUGAGGUUUCGUCUGUGACAGCGGUCGACAUAGACGUAAAAAAAGAUGAUCUGCAGGACGAAGCUCCUCUUCCUGGUAAAGCGAGCAGGAGUCCAAUGUCGGAGCACCUACAUUCCAUUCCAGAAAAAGUAGAGCCCGAGCGGCCGCGAUCCGAGCAAGAGUUAUGCGACAAGAAGCUCCCUGGUGUGAUUACUGCAGAAAAUGAAGACGCAGGAGCCGAUGUACAGGAAUCCCCUCUGCAGGAACCGAUGAACAAGCUUCCGCAGGCGCACGAUCUUCCGACAGGUAGCAAGGACGACACGUGCGUGACGAAAGAAAGGAUCGGCGCAGAUGAGAAGCAGACCGAGCUACACAUAAAGAUGAUACCUGCCGUGGCCGCUCAGUCACUUCAUGCUGACGAGAAACUGCAGGGAGCCGUCGAGCGCGUCUGCGACCAGGCUGGUGUAGAGAUGAGAGAGGACGAGGUCGACGCCCCAGCUUCUACGAGGAGUCAAAGCCAAGAGCAAGAUAUAGAAACGGAAGGUCCGUCGAAUCUUCAAGCUGUGGAUCAUGAUGAAAUGAAACAUGUCUCUGCAGCUUCUGUGUCAUCUGUGGACAUCAAGUGCUUGUCCUCCGUCGUUGUGCAAGACGAAAACCACGACAAUUCCGUGCAGCUACCAUUGGUCUGCAGCGAAGGAGCAAAAAAUCCAGACCAAAAGGUGCCGCAACCGGAUGAAAGCGCAGUGCCAGCCAAAGAAGAACGCGCGCAGGGAAUAGAUGGGGAGAGCUUGUUGCUGGGCGCGGAUGCAGCUGCAUUUCUGAGCUCGGGCAAGAACGAUUCGUCUUCGUCUUCCAGUCAGCCCUUAGUACAACAGGAUUCCGGCCACAACCAGGACAUCGUCGUCGAUACGUCGUCAAGAGGACCGCGACAGGAACAAGACGCCAGCUGUAGCUCGCGGGAGUACGUCGACGUUGAAAAUCAAAAGCACGUGGACGUUCCUGAGCAGGCCCCCUCGCGACAAGAAUCCCCUGCUGAUCUUCCAGCAACCACGGUGGAGAUGAAUUCGCAGUCAAGCCAGAAGAAUGACUCGCUGGUGGAAGAACAACGGAGGACCUCUGAGACGCAGACGGCCGGAAAAACAAUAAAGCUGGGGAACAACAAACGACCGGCGUAUAAUGCUGCGUGGGAUGUAAACUGGUCCAAUCCCGAAAAGGAAAAACGGAAGGCCCGCAAGGCCGAGGCUGGAAAGAAUUUGCUGAUGCAUGCUUUGGACGGAAUUAAGAAAGAGCGAGGUCUGCCCGGUGCGAGUCCGGUCCUGGGCGCUCGAUCUUCAUCUUCAUCUUCAAGCGGAGGUGCAACAAGCAGUUGUGCUAAUAUGCUUGGCUCUUGCGACAAUCAUGGAACUACGACCCCCCUCGGCUCGUCUUCUACCGCAGCGGUGCUCAGCGCAGUAGUGCAGACGCCAUCAUCUUCUCUGGUGUUGGCAGAUGCAGCACCGGACGACGUUUCGGGCUCAGACGACGUUGACGGUAAUUCGAUCGAUGGCUACCCACUUUCUCAUGGCUCAAAAGCAAAGUUGCGGGAGGGGGACCACCUACAAGCAUCUGUGCCAUCGCCAAAACAGGAAAAGGCAGCCCAGCCACUUCAAGAACCCCCAGAAGAACCCUCUGCGGCACUGGUGACGAGUGUCGAACAAAUACUGAGCAAAAAAUUGAAGCAAAGUCCGAAAUAUAAUGAGACGAUAUCCGACGAGGAGUACCAGACCAAACUGUUCAAGAAGCAAGUUCAUGCAGACUUUAUAAAGCAUGACCGCGAAAAGAACCACCUGUGCUUCGAGUUUCGAGAUCCUAACGACAGCACCAGGAUAUUGCGAGGUAAGCUUCUAACGGGUUCUCCUCUGAACAUAACCGAUUGGAGAGGCAUGCUCAGCACCAGCGAUGCCCGACUGCAGAAGAACCAGCAAGAUCAGGCCAGAACUUGUGUUUUGGAGGACAAGGUUGGGGAUGAGAGGAAAUAUUGGGUGGAAAUUGUUCAGCGGCAGGCGGAUCCGACCUGCCAAAAAAACUAUUGCGUUCUGCGCGGCGUCGGGUUUAAAAGAAUUCUUCCCACUACACCUUCGCAGCAGCACAACGAACAAGCUACUCCUAGGGGCAAUAGUAGUUGAAGAGCAUUGCAGCUUAUGCUUCAUGUUUCUGCAAGUGUUGGAGCUGGUUUUGCGACUGCUAGUAUCAUGAGAUAGGACUUACUCCGCCAAGUGCUUACUUAGCUGCAAGAAGUCGAAAAGUAUGCUCGACAACCUAAAUGACGCGCAAAUCCAUUUGCCAGAUUCGGGCUUGUGUUUGAUGAUGGUGGCUUUGUGAAAGUCUCGGCGUAGAGUACUUCAUGCUUUUUUAUUGUUUCCUGAAGGCAAGAGACAACGAGAAUAUAGCACUGAUUGAAAACUCAAAUCCAGCCCCCGCUGCUAGUUCUUGAUUUUGUCCAUUCCGGUUUCUCAGUCUCACAUUCAUACGUAGUACGCUUAGUCGUGAGUAAUAUGAGCAACGUGCUGUCGCUAGUUUUCUUCUGUACUAACGAGUAACACUGAAUGUGUAAAAGUGUAGUCGCAUCAGCCACGGCCACGGCGUCAAUUUGUUCUUGUCCCUGAAAAGCGCUGAAAUUCCUGGCUGUAAGAAUAUAAGGUAAACAAAAAUACAACAAAGCAAGCAAAUUUACACUUUCGACUUCCAUCUGUUUCCUGCGUAAAAAAAGCUUAAUUUUCCCCAAAAAGAGGAUCACUUAUCUCCAUUUACUUCGGGCAAACUGGCUAAAAAUCUAACUACAAUCAAAGGUAAGAAAAAGUUCCUGAACUUGGAAUGUAGGCAUUAUCGGCAACACAAAUUAUUCUCAGACGACAGUUGGCUUCAUCAGGGUAGGGCACUAGCAUCAUGGCUGAGCUAAGAGAAGGUGUUUUUUGGUCCUUGGCAUGAAGAUUCAGUGGUAUUAAAUGCCCUUCGGAACAAUUGGGGUCGACUUGGAAGAUAUUUUGCGUUCGAAUCCGAACAUCGACAGAUUGAAUAUGAAAAUUGCGCUGCAUUUUUACCGAUAUC